AUGCCGUCCUACUCGGACGACGUCAACAACCUUUUGGGGCUCAUAUUCGCCGAGCCGGCCAGGCGAUCAUACACGCGGUCCAAGCCGGCGCCAAACGUGGCUGCUGAGUUCUCCGUUGACCCCGAGGAAGUGGUCUGCAUACCAAACCCCGUGGGAGGCACUCCCAGCAUCUUCACCACCUGGGGCGGCCUCUACGACCUGACGAUGAAACCCGAGAUCGCAGCACUGGGCGGUCUGAUCUUCAGCUUGUAUUCCAGACUCGCACGCCAUCAUGAGCGGCACAUCGUCGGCGACACCCUUCAUCGCAGGCCCGCGUCCAGAGAAUUCGCCCUGGACCUGCACAAGCGCAUCAUGUCGAGCGGGGCCGCGGUGGCCUGGUCUGACGGGACCACGACCGAGUACAACCACACGGCGUCAUCCGCUGUGACCUUCAACAAGAACAAAGCCAAACCACCACCUCCAAAUACCCCAGAUCGACGAAGUCAGCUGAACCAAGUCCCAAGGGACAUACCCGCCCGGCCCCAGCUAGGGCUCCUACAUCGGGGCCCGCGGAGUGCCACACGAAGGCGCAAGCGCAGGACGGCGGCGCCUUCAACCCUACGCGCAGCAACGUCGCCAGCAACACGUUUCACGUACCCGGGACUGGACGUCGAGAGCCGCGGCGGCGAGUUCUGGUGGUUCGGCAAGCUAGGAAAUGAGUCGCAGAUCGUACCUGGGGGCUAG